AAUGCCGCAAUAAGUACGAAUCAUUCCCGCCGUUCGCCACGGUCAAUCUAACCUUAGAAAAUUCAACGUAACGAAUAUGUAAAUUUGUACAUACGCUUUAUUUAUUUAUUAAAAUGCGCAAUCAUGUUUUCGAAUGCAUUAAAAUGUAUUGGAAACCAAAAGUACAGCUGUGUUAUAUCGAAAGACAUUUUUACAAGGUACUUAACGACAACUGAAGUUGCCGCUGCCUUAAGACCAUUCUACUUCUCCGUGCAUCCAGAUUUAUUUGGCCAACAUCCAAGUCAACGGUCUACUAAUGAAAACUCGUUGAAACAAUUAAGUUCAUAUAUCGCUACGGUUCAGUCAAGGAAGAGAACUGCGCCAUGUAACUUAGAAUUUUAUUUAAGAGAUAAGAAAAACGAAUCCAGUACUUUUCGUUUGGUGAAAAUACACCUUAACAUGAACGACAUACGCACAGUGGUUUUAACCGUACUAAAAUGUUGUGCUCUUUCCACAGAGUAUGUAGAUAAAAUACCCAAACCAGUACAGCAUAUGAAAGCCUAUCGAGUGAUGACAGACGAUAUUGACUUCAACGAUUUAGAAAAUGACCCUAGUUUUAGCAUGUCCGCUUUCAAUAGCAAAAUUAAAGAGGCGAAGGACGAGUUUAGGCUUAAAGUUUGGAUUAAAAGGAAUUACGAGUUGGCACGAAAGUUAACAGCUGCCCACCAACCGUUGCGAGAGGAAAUGAUCAAAUUGAAGAAGAGUUUUUUGGAUCGAUUAGGAGUUUUAGAUAUAUACUGGGAUUGUGGUUGGAAUGAGCGACAUUUUAUGGGGUGUUUGCAAAGUUUGAAGGCUAUGACCGAACAAUAUCCCAAUGAAAUGGCCAUUUUGAGAGGUAGAACGUUGGUAUUUGCUCCAUUUACUGGAGUAAGCCUUGAUGGUCACAUCAUGUUGUAUAAUGGAGAAGUACGGCACAAUUGGUUGGAUAGUAUAAAAAAAAUUAAAACAUACGACGAGACUUUACAGAGAAUACCUGCAUUUGAGAAAGCAGUUUCUCAAGUUUUAUUAAAUAUACAAGUUGUUAGAAGAAAAUUUAUGCCCAAAAUUGAGGCGGCCAAUUACGAACGAAACCUGCAACAGUUGACGACGAAUAUUAAUAACUAUUUGAGCAGAAAAUCGUAUCCUCCCGAAUGGCCACCGACGCUCAAAGAUUACGAGAUAGUUGUCGAAAAUGAGGCCGGACCGCUAAUGGUGUCGCCGACGGGCCAGUUCAUUACUCCCUGCACGUGUCCUGGAGUGUUACUAGUCAAAUUUAUCACUGAAAAUCUCACGGAGGCAGCAAUAAGGAUUGAUAAUUAUAAAAGAGACAAAUACGUGGAACGCUCCUUACAUCAACAGUGCAUCGAUGAACUGCAUCUUCCCGUGCUUCACAAGGAUGACAACGUAACGCCCGACUUAAUGAUACAUUGUUGCAACCAGUUAUUGAGAUGCAAGGACGAUUUAGAAUACCUCAAAGGUCUCCACCUUAACAUAACAACGUACUAUUCCGUCUUAACCGAUGGUACAGUAUGCAUUCCUUGGAAUUGGACGUUGUAGCAAAAUUAUUUAUUCUACUUACUACAAAAUUGUUGUUGUACAAUUAAUAUAUUAUAUGAUCAAAUCACA